AUGACCAUUGUGUACAAGCCGUAUCAAAGGGGGAUUUACUGUGAUGAUGAGAGCAUCAAGUACCCCCUAAAACCAGACACCAUCACUCACGUCAUGUUCGCUGCCGUCACCAUCUCCUGCAUUGUCAUUAUCAUUUCAUCUGGAGAGGCAUAUCUGGUCUAUAGCAAGAGGGUUUACUCCAAUUCAGACUUCAACCAGUACGCCGCCGCUCUCUACAAGGUGGUGGGCACCUUUCUGUUCGGAGGGGUGGUCAGCCAGUCUCUGACCGACCUCGCCAAGUACACAAUCGGCCGGCCCAGGCCUAAUUUCCUGGCCGUGUGCGCGCCCAAGGCCUGCACGGGCUACGUUCCGGUCAUCAACUGCACCGGCAGUCUGGCCGACGUCACAGAGUCCAGGCUGUCCUUCUACUCUGGCCACUCCUCAUUUGGAAUGUACUGCAUGCUCUUUCUAGCACUUUAUGUGCAGGCCAGACUCUCCGCCAAGUGGGCGCGGCUUCUGCGGCCCACCGUCCAGUUCUUCCUGGUGGCCUUCGCGGUGUACGUGGGUUACACCCGGGUCUCCGAUUACAAGCACCACUGGAGCGACGUGCUGGUGGGGCUGCUGCAGGGAGCGCUCGUCGCCAUCCUCAACGUUCGCUUCGUGUCGGAUUUCUUUAAGGAGCGUCCUCCGCGUCGCGUACGGUCAGAGGGAGUGGACGGCGAGGAGCCGGCGAGGAAACCGAGCCUCCAGAUCGCGGACGCCGAGCACGGCAACCAUUACGGCUACCGCAACAGCCCCGGGCCUUUGUGA